AUGGGAUUUGGCCAACAGUUUUCGUCAUCAAUAUUUUUUUGGGGACAAGCACCCGAUUUUACAAUAUUAUUCUCAAAGCAAUUAAGCGAGUCUUUCGUAUUUUCAACUGAAGAAUUCAGAAUUCUUAAAACUUAUUCUUACACCUGUCUAUUGAAUUUCUCGUUAUUUAAACAAAAAACUACAGAAACAGUUUCAAACAGUUAUAAGCCUGAUUUGACUUGUAGAAGAUUAAAUGAAAAAUGGUUCACGUUAAAUCAUAUAAAAUUUCAUUCACCUUAA